CUGCUCUACUUUCUCUGCUCAUUGCAAUGUCACUUCACGCCGUUCGAGUACUAUCCUGUGUUCUCUCUCUAAACCUUCACUUAAUUUGGCUAAACCUGUGUCUGGAUUUCUUUCUCCUUCCACUGCGUCGACGUCUCGAACCGCAUUCACCGUCGCUCCUAAAUCUCAAGAACUUGACUGUUCUUUAUCUUCAUCAGAAUUAUAUAACUGGUGUCAUUCCCCCAGAACUAGGCAACAUGGAAUCCAUGAUUGAUUUAGAGUUAAGUCAGAACAAUCUUACUGGUUCAAUUCCUUCUUCUUUUGGUAACUUUACCAAGCUGGAAAGUUUGUACCUCCGUGAUAACCACCUCUCUGGUACGAUCCCGCGAGGAGUGGCAAACUCUUCAGAGCUAACUGAAUUGCUACUCGACAUAAACAAUUUCACCGGUUUCUUGCCUGAAAACAUUUGCAAAGGUGGCAAGCUUCAGAAUUUUUCAUUAGAUUAUAAUCACCUCGAAGGUCAUAUCCCGAAAAGCUUGAGAGAUUGCAAGAGCCUGAUCAGAGCAAAAUUUGUAGGGAACAAAUUCAUUGGAAAUAUUUCUGAAGCAUUUGGGGUUUACCCAGAUCUUGAUUUCAUUGAUCUCAGCCAUAAUAAAUUCAACGGUGAAAUUUCAAGCAACUGGCAGAAGAGUCCAAAGCUAGGUGCCUUGAUCAUGUCAAACAACAACAUCACAGGUGCUAUUCCACCAGAGAUUUGGAACAUGAAACAACUGGGCGAGCUAGAUCUGUCUACCAACAACCUCACUGGUGAGCUUCCAGAAGCAAUUGGAAAUCUCACGGGUUUGUCGAAGCUACUACUGAAUGGGAAUAAGUUAUCUGGAAGAGUUCCUACGGGUUUAAGUUUCUUAACCAAUCUUGAGUCUCUUGACUUAUCCUCAAACAGAUUCAGCUCCCAGAUCCCACAAACCUUCGACUCCUUUUUAAAGCUUCAUGAAAUGAACCUGAGCAAAAACAAUUUCGAUGGACGCAUUCCCGGACUAACAAAGCUGACUCAGUUAACGCAUCUUGAUCUCAGCCACAACCAGCUCGACGGAGAAAUCCCAUCACAGCUCAGCUCCUUGCAGAGCCUCGACAAGCUCAACCUCUCACACAACAAUCUCUCAGGUUUCAUUCCAACAACUUUCGAGAGCAUGAAAGCGCUGACGUUCAUCGAUAUAUCAAAUAAUAAACUCGAGGGUCCGCUUCCAGACAAUCCAGCGUUUCAAAACGCAACAUCAGAUGCAUUGGAGGGAAACAGAGGCUUAUGCAGUAAUAUUCCUAAACAAAGGUUGAAAUCAUGCCCUAUCACUUCUGGUGGGUUCCAAAAGCCGAAGAAGAACGGCAACCUUCUUGUGUGGAUACUAGUGCCAAUCCUAGGAGCACUCGUCAUUCUCUCUAUAUGUGCAGGCGCAUUUACCUACUACAUUCGGAAACGAAAACCACACAAUGGAAGAAACACAGAUUCUGAAACUGGAGAGAAUAUGUCCAUAUUCAGCGUUGAUGGCAAAUUCAAAUACCAAGAUAUCAUCGAAUCAACAAACGAAUUCGAUCAAAGAUACCUCAUCGGAAGCGGAGGAUACAGCAAAGUCUACAAAGCAAACCUCCCAGAUGCGAUCGUAGCCGUGAAAAGGCUACAUGAUACAAUAGACGAAGAGAUAUCAAAGCCAGUGGUGAAGCAAGAGUUCCUAAACGAAGUAAGAGCGUUAACAGAGAUCCGUCACCGCAACGUGGUGAAGCUCUUCGGCUUCUGCUCCCACCGCCGCCACACGUUUCUGAUCUACGAGUACAUGGAAAAAGGAAGUUUAAACAAACUCUUAGCCAACGAAGAAGAAGCUAAGCGACUCACUUGGACCAAGAGGAUCAACAUCGUGAAAGGUGUGGCUCACGCGUUAUCGUAUAUGCACCAUGACCGAUCAACUCCGAUCGUCCACCGUGAUAUUAGCAGCGGCAACAUCCUUCUCGAUAAUGAUUACACAGCUAAGAUCUCUGAUUUUGGCACAGCGAAGCUUCUCAAGACGGAUUCAUCAAACUGGUCCGCCGUUGCUGGAACCUACGGCUACGUCGCUCCAGGAAUUUUCGCAACAGAGUUUGCUUACACGAUGAAGGUGACGGAGAAAUGCGAUGUGUAUAGCUUCGGGGUUUUGAUACUCGAGGUUAUAAUGGGGAAGCAUCCGGGAGAUUUGGUUGCGAGUUUGUCUUCGUCUCCGGGAGAAACUCUGUCCCUGAGAAGCAUUUCCGAUGAACGUAUAUUAGAACCACGGGGGCAGAAUAGAGAGAAGCUCAUAAAGAUGGUGGAAGUGGCUUUAUCGUGUUUACAAGCAGAUCCGCAAUCUCGGCCAACGAUGUUAUCAAUCUCUACAGCUUUUUCUUAGAACUCAUCUUCAUCAAUUUCUUCGACGAGAAGGGAAGAAGAAAGAGAAGUCGUAAGGUGAAAGAAGAAGAAAGAAGAAAAAGACUUUGGGCCAUGUUGCAUUAAGGCCCAAUGUUAAUGGGUUAUUUUGUGUUGGUAAACUUUGAUAAUUAUGAAUUAGUUACGUUAAGAUCAAAUGUAGUAUAUAUAUGUUGUGUGGUUGUAAUAUCUAAUACUACUAUUUUUGCAACACUUUAUUGACGGGUGGGUAAAAAUGCUUCCGAAUAUAUCAGAUACCCGACCCGUUUUAAAAAUUCCUUCACAAAAAAACACUUGGAUCGGAUUAAAUAAAACCCAUUUAUUGCACCGGAUA